ACAACUAGAGCCGGUUUUACAGCCUCUCAUGGCCCUGCAGACGGUCGUGUGAUGGGCGAACAAAAGGAGAAAUAUGAAGAAGGUGACGAAUAGCUUGCGUGGAGCCUAGAAGGUUUUGGGCGAUCUAUUCAGUCAAAAACAGACAAGAAGGAGGAAGAUCCCAUAAAUUGCUCGCUGUGCAUCCAUCCCUUGCUACGAUCAUUCUCAGUUCUCUCUCAAAACACCUUCCUGAACUCUCUUCGAACCAUUCGUUGUUUAUUUGUUAACAAUAUGGCCGCUCUUAUCCGCUUCGCAAUGCUCUGCGCGCUGCCACUUGGAGCCCUAGGUGCAGUGAAGCGCGCGACAGCGGCAGAAUUCCCGCUCUUCGGAUAUGGUGGAAUGGCCAUUGGCGGGCUACCGUUAUAUUAUUUAGACGGUUAUGCAUACCUUGGUGAUCCAAAGGCGACAAACGAUGCCGGUGCAGCUGUGGUAACGUUUACUUCUACCGAUGAUAAUAAGUGGAUUGCUUCACCCAACAUCACAACCACGGUGAAUGGUACCACGCCAUCCUGGAGCAAUGAAACCCUCUACAUCCCUGCUUCAAUCGCUUCGGACAAGCGUGUGGGAUUCUUCUCCAGCAACUCCACGAACAGCAGCGAAAUUACCACAGGCUUCUCCUUUUACGGCACGACUGCAUCCCUCUUGACAGAUGACGGGCAGCUGCAGACUCUCUGGACUGUAUCGAAUGAGACCGGGAAGCCCCGAGCGUUGUACUGGAAUGACUAUAGUCUUGGACAGGUUUCGGUUAUACUGCGAAGCAUCGGCCCGUCGAAUCCUCCCCUGAUGUAAAGAGAAUUGCGAGGAAACGUCAGGACUUUGGACUAUCGGCAGGGUAGUAGAUAGUUGGUUCCCAGGUUUUGAUGUGCUGGAUGGCUCUGGAUGUACCGUGCUUUGUUGUGUAAUUUUGUUAUUUGCUGUAUUUGUGUUUUGUUUUGGCUUCAGUCAUGUUCAAUCCUUGCUUCUACUUUAAAACUGCUCGCAAUAGAAUGCAUGGAUCCUGUUAUUGCCCGAUAGCAUGCGAAUCGGUAUGUUCCGUGGAUGACUGUACUGUUGAAGCGCGAGCGUGACAGCGCCGCGCGUUGCCAUCACUGCCGUCCGGUGACAGCGGCGUCGUCCUGCAAACUCUUCCUGGCGCGUUUCCACCUCCACAAGUAUCUCGAUGACAUUGCAGUGACAGUCGCAAUCCGGGGGAUGCGACGUGGAGAUGGGAG